UUACGGAGAAUCUGGCUGCCAGUGUCGCGAAGCGUCUUGAAUCAGCGCGAACGUAAUCGUCCAACUAGGCGCGAUAUGCGCGCUUAGCCUUAACGCGUAGAUACUUGCGAACUGUUGGGAUUUGUGACAGUUAACCGUGUUUACAAAUAAACGAUCUUCGCUUAAGUGUUUUGGAUUUGUUUUUUACUGUUGAGGAAUUGCAAUUGAGUUCUAGAACGAAGAUGUAGUAAGAAGACCUGAGUAGUAACGUCCUGAAUAUCACAAAAAAAAAUAUUCUUGAGAUGACAUAAAUGUGAAAAUCAGUUGAAAUGUGCAUUUAAAAUGAACUGGAUAAUGGAAUUCAAUAUUUUAUUUAUGUUCUUCAUUUAUCAAAGUUAUGUCAGAGCCGAACAAUCAUCAGUAUCAACAGCAGGUAAACUCCAAGAAACACCGGAUUUUGAUGGUGUGAUAAAAAACAUCACCAUUGCAAUAGGGCGGGAAGCAAUUUUGAGCUGUUCAGUUACAGAUCUUGGACAUUAUAAGGUGGGAUGGAUGAAAGCUGAUGAUCAAACAAUCCUCAGCUUACAUACCAGAGUUAUAACACAUAACCCCAGGAUAUCAGUAACUCACGAUGAUAGUUUGAAAACGUGGCAGUUACGUAUAAGGCAAUUGAAGGAAUCUGAUCGUGGUUGCUAUAUGUGCCAGAUUAAUACGUCCCAGAUGAAGAAGCAGGUUGGAUGUGUUGAUGUUCAAGUGCCACCCGAUAUCGACGAUUCAGGAACGAGCGGCGAUGUCACGAUUUCGGAAGGCGAGAACGUCACGCUGUCUUGCAGCGCGACAGGCCAUCCAGAGCCCAGAAUACUUUGGCGGCGCGAGGAUGGUAAUCACAUUACACAGCACGUCUCUCCCCGUGAGACCCAGAAAGUGGACACAUACAGCGGAUCCGUUUUGAAUCUGGUGCACAUCGAUCGCUACCAAAUGGGUUCCUAUCUUUGUAUUGCCAGCAAUGAUGUGCCGCCAGCAGUCAGCAAGAGGGUCACCCUUUUUGUGAACUUUCCCCCGAUUAUCCAAGUUGCAAAGCCAUUAGUGGGAAGCCCACGAACUUUCAACAUGAAGCUGAGAUGCGAAGUUGAAUCAUUCCCACCCUCUCAUAAUUACUGGAUGAAAGAACGUGAUGAGAUCUUGCUGGAAGGAGGAAAAUAUUCAAUAGUUGAAAAGAGGAGUGGAACCAAGUGUGCCAUGAUUCUCACGAUCCACAACGUGUCCCACGAAGACUUUGCAAGUUACAGCUGCGUAGCUGCAAACAUCAAAGGAAAAUCAGACGCGACCAUUCGUCUCUACGAGAUUGUGCUGACGACUACUACAACAACUACUACCACAACUACAACCACGACUACUCCAUCAACUACUAUAACUAAUCUUAUUCUUGAAAUAACAAGAAGUAGCGAACGGCCAUCGAAUUCCAUGUCGAAUUUCAUUGGUGGUCCAAAUGCUGAGGAUGUCAGGCACCCGGACUGGUUUUACCCCAGCAUUGCCCCGGAGCCAUUAGAAUUGGAAACCAUUUCUGGAAUGAGUGCUCCACUUGAAAUUACUUCUCAUUAUCAUAUCAUAACGCUCUCGAUAUUGUUCGCUCUCAGGUGACAUAUCUGGUAAUGGUACGCCGAUUCAUCAAACCCUUAAUAUCGCUAAUGCACCCCCCUGUCCUUAAGAUUAGUUACGAGUUUUAUAAAUGAGUCGAAUAUGAUCCCAUUUAUAUCUGUGACGUUCAUAUCAUUGAGAAGUGGAAUGGUCAUGAAUUUCGAUAUUCGUCGAUGAGGGA